AUGUUAGAGCCACGCUUGAUACUGAUUUUGUUAGCUGUGAACUUGGUCGUAGGAGUGCUAGUAACUGAACGUUUUCAGAGAGAUGACUUCCCUGUUGAUUUCGUUUUUGGUUCAGGCACCUCUGCUUAUCAGGUGGAAGGAGCUGCUAAUGAAGAUGGAAGAACUCCUAGCAUCUGGGAUACAUUUGCCCAUUCUGUGUAUGACCAUGGUGAAAAUGGAGAUGUAGCCUGCGAUGGGUACCACAAAUAUAAGGAAGAUGUGCUACUCAUGGUGGAAACAGGCCUCGAGGCCUAUAGAUUUUCCAUUUCUUGGUCGAGACUCAUACCAAAUGGUAGAGGACCUGUCAACCCCAAGGGACUGCAGUAUUACAACAAUCUCAUUAAUGAACUUAUUAGAACAGGAAUCCAACCACAUGUCACACUGCACAACUUUGAUCUUCCACAGGCACUUGAAGACGAAUAUGGAGGAUGGAUUAGUCGUGAUAUCAUAAGAGACUUCACAAACUACGCAGAUGUGUAUUUUAGAGAGUUUGGUGAUAGAGUGCAGUAUUGGACUACUGUGAAUGAGGCCAAUGUCUUUGCCUUAAGUGGUUAUGAUCAGGGAAGCUGCCCACCUCAGCGAUGUUCUCCCCCAUUUUGCGUUACAAAUAUCACAAGAGGGGGAAACUCAACAUAUGAAGCCUACUUGGCAGUUCAUCAUAUCUUGUUAUCACAUUCUUCAGCUGUGAGAUUGUAUAGAAGAAAGUAUAGGGAUGAACAACAUGGAUUUGUUGGUAUCUCUGUCUAUACACUUGGGUUCAUUCCUCUAACAAACACAGAGAAAGACAGGGCUGCCUCUCAAAGAGCCCGUGAUUUUUUCAUUGGUUGGAUUGUGGAACCCUUGGUGCAUGGAGACUAUCCCAUUUCCAUGAAAACAAAUGCAGGUGCAAGAAUUCCAGCCUUCACAAAUCGUGAAUCUGAACAAGUUAAGGGUUCAUAUGGCUUUAUAGGUAUAAUUCACUACAACAAUGCUAAUGUCACAGACAAUCCCAAUGCCCUGAAGACAGAACUGAGAGAUUUCAAUGCAGACAUGGCUGCACAGCUAAUCCUUUUACAGGAUCUAUUUUCAGAGGAAGAGUAUCCUGUCACACCAUGGAGUUUACGGGAAGAGCUGAAAAAAUUCAAGCUCCAUUAUGGCAAUCCUCCUAUAUUCAUUCAUGAAAAUGGUCAACGGACAGGGACAAAUUCAUCACUUCAAGAUGUGUCAAGGGUGAAAUACUUGCAUGGAUACAUUGGUGGGGUGCUUGAUGCCUUGAGAGAUGGAUCAAACAUAAAGGGGUAUUUUGCAUGGUCUUUUCUGGACGUAUUCGAAUUGUUGGCUGGAUAUAAAUCGAGCUUCGGACUAUACUAUGUUGAUAGAAAUGAUCCAGAACUGAAGAGAUACCCAAAACUAUCUGCAAAAUGGUACAGCAGGUUUUUGAAGGGAAGUAUUGAACUCCAGAAGGAUGCAUCACUUGUUUCUGUUGGCCAUUUAUUUCAGUAGGCCCUAUAAUUUGUUUGCACUGCAGCAUCGUUGGGUAAUGGUGUGCCCUGUGCUUCACUUUCUCCUUCUGUAAGAAUAAUAUGUAAAUUAGCAACUUUGUGUUUAAAAUUA